AUGUUAUAUGGGAAUUGCUGCGUAAAGAUGGUCAAAAAUCCUGGACUGCCGUACGAACGACAAUGUAAGGAUGACUGCAUUAGCCAGAAAGACAUCUUUACCCCCGGUGCUGCCAGGGAGCAAAAUAAUUACGAAAAGUGGACGCAAAGUUAA